CACGCCUGCCAGCCCCCGAUUUACUGACGUUAUCUUUCAUUCCUUUCAGGGACUUGUUUGGGCCUUGUGUUUCCCGGGACAUCAACUGAACAGCACUUUGAAAUGAACUCAUACGUAGCUGGCAAUCUCGGGUAGAUGCUUGCGUCCCUUCCUCCGCUUCGCUUUCUUCCGCUUUGCGUCUCUUUUGGCCCGGGUGACUCGCCGUCGCCGGGGCGGAGGCCUCAGACAGUGGCGACGAUGGCGUCGGCGACGCCGGAUUCGCAAGCCCGAUUUGGCCAGUCAGUGAAGGGGCUUCUCACGGAGAAGGUGAACACCUGCGGGACCGACGUGAUCGCACUUACCAAGCAGGUGCUGAAGGGCUCCCGCAGCUCCGAGCUGCUUGGUCAGGCGGCUCGGAAUAUGGUACUGCAGGAAGAUGCCAUCUUGCACUCAGAAGAUAGUUUACGGAAAAUGGCAAUAAUCACAACACACCUUCAGUACCAGCAAGAAGCUAUUCAGAAGAACGUCGAGCAAUCAUCAGAUUUGCAGGACCAGCUGAGACACCUGUUAAAGUAGGUGGUCCCGGAGGAGGAAGCAGCACUCCUUUGCCAGAUGCCCAGGAGGAAAUCUCCCACACAGCCACGGGUUUCGUUUUUCAUUUUGUCUAUAAAGUUAGAUGGGAUUUGCAUUGGUG